ACAAUCACAGGACAAAACAAAGUUAUGUUAUCGUUUAUCAGUCUGAAGCGGAUCAGACCUCAUUCUGCAUGAGGUACGUGUGGUCGUAGUUUAAUUUGGUCGAUUCUUAGUCCGUCCAAAAUAAAUAAAGUACUUCAUAUUGCACUUUCUAACGAGUACAAGAAAUAAAAUAUAUUUUUUUACAAUGUAUUGGUUAAAAAUAUCUCUUAUCCUAUGUAUGUUUGGACUGUUAAAAGACUUCAGACCAUCCGAGUCAUUUGUAACUGAUUAUUUGACAGGACCAUGGAAGAAUUUUACGCAUACACAAGUCAAUCAAGAAAUUUAUCCAGUUAGUACAUACAGUUAUUUUUUAACUCUAGUAAUUAUAUUUUUGAUAACAGACUUUGUAAGAUAUAAGCCUAUUAUUAUAUUGUGUUCACUCUCUGGAAUGAUUACAUUUCUUGUACUGAUACUUGCAAAAACUGUACCAGUAGUUCAGAUCACUGAAUUCUUUUAUGGCCUGUUUCUUUCUUCCGAAGUGGCAUAUUAUACAUACAUUUAUGCAAAAGUUGAUAAGAAACACUAUCAAGAAGUGACAGGUCAUACAAAAGCUGCUUCCCUUGUUGGACGAUGUAUGGCUGGAAUUAUAGCCCAAUUGACAGCUUCUUUCCAUAUUUUAGAUUUCCAUGAAUUGAAUUAUCUUACCACCGCAGCGUUUGCCCUCGCCACGGUAUGGACAUUUUUUUUACCAUCCGUCGGUCAAUCGAUUUAUUUUCAUUCGCCUAUUAACGAUCAAAAUGUUAUACCCGCACCAGCGGAUACCGCGAAAUCAUUGGAAAAUGAUAAUUGCUAUGAACUCGAUCGUCAGAAACAAUCGGAAUAUAAUCCUGCGAAGGAAAAUGUUUUCUCAACGUCUUCUAAGUUGAAACGUGCAUACGCGUUAUUAUGGCAACAUUUUUUAAACGCUUAUACACAUGGUCACAUUGUAAAAUGGUCCAUGUGGUGGGCAUUUUCAACUUGUGGCUAUUUGCAAAUAACUAAUUAUGCCCAGCUUUUAUGGCAAACGGCUGUUGAAUCUUACGAUGAAAUCUAUAACGGAGCGGUAGAUGCUUGUUAUGCAAUAAUAGGUGCUUCCACCGUUUUUAUCAUUUCGAAAGUACCACUGAAUUGGCCAGUAAUAGGAGAUAUCAUAUUAACAUUAUUUUCACUUAUGGAGGGUGGCUUAAUUAUAUUGUGUUCCUAUAAUUAUAAUAUUUGGGUACUAUAUGGUGCUUACAUAAUAUUUGGAGUGAUUUAUCACACCAUGGUCACUGUUGCAAGUUUCGAGGUUGCGAAAUAUAUAUCUGAAGAUAGCUAUGGUUUAAUAUUUGGAACAAAUAUCUUUUUAGCAUUAUUGUUCCAAAGUUUGUUAACGUUAAUAGUUAUUAAUGGAAAUCUUGGAAAUACUAUCAGAUCCCAGUUUUUCAUUUAUGGCUGCUAUUACAUAGUUUUGGCUGUGAUAUUUUUAAUAAUAGCUAUAUUUGCGAUUGUAAAACGUUAUAAAAGCGGCGAUAAAUUUGAAAUAUGGUCAAAAAAUAAGAACAUUCGAAAGUCAAUAGAUAACAUCGAAAAGAACGAAUCGUUUAGUACAAAUUCGACAGUAUCUAAAAAUGAUAUCUUAACUCCUCAUUCGGAAUAAGUAUUGCGGAAAUUAAUAAUUAUAAAAAAAUGUAUAAUAAUUUCCUUCUUAUAUUAUCCUUGUACGUAUUCUUUUACGUAUUCAACAGACAAUUUAUUAAGAAUGAACUAUCUAUUAAAUUUAGUCAGAUAAACUUUGUUAUAUCAACGUAUAAUAAU